AUGAGUGACAAGGAUGGGGGCCAAACAAGGCACGCAAGUCCAAAGAACAGGCAAAGGAGGGUGUGUGCAGUGGCCGAGGAGAAGGGUGUGCUUGCAGGGUGCAGUGUGCAGGGUGUGUUUUUGUGGUGGUACAAGGGGCCCGCCACAACCCAAAAGGACGAUACGGAGAGGGGCCUCCUAGUUGAAAAGAAGAAGGUCAAAAUCGAAGAGGAAUACGUUGAGAGUGCCUUGCGGAGAUUUUUUGCGUGCUUGGUGUGCACGAAGCUGUGUGUAGCCUGGUUUGGGCUCACGCUCUUUUCCUAA